AUGAAGUGCCUGGUGAGUCUCGAGAAUGGACCGUGUAUUCUCGUUUCCGUCAUCGGACUAGCUGCGGCUGGCACACUCCAGGGAUACAGCCUGCCGGGGUCAGGAAGCGGAGGGUUCACCCAUGGUCAUUCGGGAACAUUUAGCCAGGGGACAACCUUCGGUCAUGGAAGUACAUCGUUUGGACUGGGAAUUUCGUCGGGAAGUACUUCCUUUGGACAGGGAAUUUCGUCGGGAAGUACUUCCUUUGGACAGGGAAUUUCGUCGGGAAGUACUUCCUUUGGACAGGGAAUUUCGUCGGGAAGUACUUCCUUUGGACAGGGAAUUUCGUCGGGAAGUACUUCCUUUGGACAGGGAAUUUCGUCGGGAAGUACUUCCUUUGGACAGGGAAUUUCGUCGGGAGGUACUUCCUUUGGACAGGGAAUUUCGUCGGGCAUUUCCUUUGGAACUUCAUCUGGAACGACCAUCGGUCACGGAACAUCGUCAGGAUUAACCUUUGGAACAAACCAGGGUCUUUGCGGAGGUGGACAGGUGCGCCACGUGGAUGGAAGGUGUGUGACGCCUCGUGUGAACCGUCGCGUCUUUCUGUACGACGUUCCUUCCAACGUCCAGACAAGCGGACCUGUUAACAUCCCCGAACCUCGUGUGGAGACUAACGUCCUCUUGAUCCGCACGCCCGAAGGAGGCCUUGGGCCGCAACCUGUGGUCAUUCCUCCGCCUAGGCAGCAACACGUGGUGUACGUUCUGAACAAGCAGAGCAGCCAAGACCAGCGGGUGAUCGAGGUACCGUCUGCUGGCCCUUCAACCCCUGAGGUUUACUUCGUCAACUACGCAGACGGAGAGAACCCAACUCUUCCAAGCGGGGUGGACCUCCAAACUGCUCUUCAGUCAGCAAGCCAAGGCGCAGGUCAAAACGUCGGCUCAGUAAGCUCGUCAGGCCAUUCCAGCUCUUUCGGCGGCAGUCAGUCCUUUGGCUCAGGAACUCAGGUGUUUGAUUCAGGCUCAUCCUCCCUUAGCCAUGAUUCAGGCUCAUCUUUUGUUAGCCAGCCCUCUGGCUUGUACACACAGCCUUGA